AUGGGCAGACUAAUCCACACGAUCCAGCGCCCACAAGGCUAUGGACUCGCAGCGGUGUAUCGGCAAGACGAGUAUCAAUUGCUCGCCAUUGCCGAUCGAUGCACAAUCCAGCAUUAUAUCUUUGACUCUACGAACCCUGAAUACUUGUGCAGUGAGCAUCCUAUCAAGCUACGAAGUCCCAUUGUGGCCUUGACAUCCGCCAAGUAUAACGGGCGAGACAGAUUGUUUGCUAUUGCCGACAAUAAGAUCUAUGAGUGCUCGAUGAAUGCCCAAGUUUGGGGUCAUAUUGAGGAGACAACUCAAAGAGGAAUUGACUCCACUGUUGGUCACCAUAGAUUGCAUCUACUAGUCUACGGAGAAAAUGCAUCGGUUAUACGGGUUACUAGUGACGGAAGGGUAUUCAAGUAUCCUUAUGCAAGAAAAAGUCAAACGGUGUUCCUGGGGUCCCUCGGUUGUAUCCAGGUGAAGCUGACUGCCACUUUGGAGGAUAACCAGACGGUGGCAGUGUUGUAUUCGGGCUACGAUCUAACGUCUUCUCUUCUUUACUUUUCUUUUGAAAAAGAAAACCCUCGGAUAAUACACCAGUUUGCCUCGUUUGUGGAGGCCCCAUCUUUGAUCAUACCAAUGAAUUAUGGGGGUGUGAUGGUGUUGAGCAAUUCGAAGGCGUAUUUGUUUCCAGGGUUAAAUCAAACAUGUGAUCUUCCUGACACCUAUGUUGACUCUUCAUCUACCCGUGCUUCAGUGUCAAAGGGUGUAGUAACUAUUGAUAUCGGGCUGCUUCCAUACGUAUACUCGUUAUUCACAGCAUACACUAAGAUUGACGAUACUCGCUUUUUGGUGACAACGGACUCGGGUCAGACUGCUCUCAUCUUCGUGGAUCUACUGUUUACCCCAGGUCGUUUUGGCCAGUCAAGCAUGCUACUAAAGAGCUUCACAGUCCUUGAUGUUGGAAAAUCCACAGUUGCUAACUCGUUGGUCCACAUCCAGGAUAACAUCUUUUACGCCGCAUCGAGGUUCUCUCAAAGCGUGCUAUUCAGCAUUCAGCCAGAGGACCCAACCCUUCGGAUCUUGUCCUUCAUGCCUUCCUCGCCUCCAGUGCUAGAUCUAGCGUACAGUUACAACACUGACUCGAUCCGGUACGCACCAGACAUCUUCGUUUGCCAGGGUAGCUAUCACAAUGGCGAACUACGCAAAAUAACGUACAACAAGUGGAGAACAACCGUCUUGUCGUCGAUUCAGAUAAACGAGCCGUUUGCGGAAAUUAUCCGACUUCUGCCAACAAACUACCUGGGUUAUCAUUCACUGGACUCCAGGGUUUAUGUUGGUAUCAUGAAUGCCUCAGAGAUCAGUCGAAUAUAUGAAAUCGAAGAUGAUGGCCUCCUCAAGAAACCUGGAGCCAUAAAGUUGUCGAACUUCUCCAUAGACGGCACGGGUAUAAGUGAUGCCAAAAUGGACGAAAAGGGCGAGUUCGAAUGGGAUAGGGUUUGGACCAAUGACGACUUUUGUGCUUUCAAAGUCAGGAAUGAUGACAUCAAAUUUGCUCGAGUAAUGAGGUUUCGGGAUACCAUUCACAUCAAAGGAGGUCACCUAGUGUUAACUACGCAGGGUGGUGAACUGUCUGUCAAGCUUAAUCACGAUGAAGCUCUCGUCUGCUCCCUUCAAUUUGUCUACUUUCGCGAUGAACCGUACAUAAUUGUUGCUUAUUCCGAUGGCCACGUUCUGUUUUAUAGUGGUUCACAUCAUCAAUUAAAACAUCGGUGGUCGCUCACUUGCUCCAUCCGCAAAGCAGGGCUUGUUGGUGCUCUGCUCUGUCUCAAUAACAAAAAUAGUAUUGUUUUGGUCAUGGUCGAUACCCACGGCACCAUUUACCAGCAUUUGAUCCGCAGAGGCAACAUAGUGGACUCCUGUGUUUGGAUUUCCAAGAACGGCGUUCCUACAGGGAUGAAUUCAGACGGUCUCUUAGUGGUGAUGUACGAUGACCACAAGGUGAUAGGGUUAGUACCAAAGAGUGAUUACUUUUUGGAAUUUGCUGACUUUUUCUAUUCUCCAAAAGUCAUAAAAAGUGUCACUGUUCUCCUGUUGUACAAUUACAUGUUCGGAGUCCUUCUCAGGGAUGGGACCUUUUUCACUGUCCGUCUGAAAGAUAAAACUGAUGUUGACGACGCUCAUUUUGCAGACCAACUAUGGACAAAGGCUCUCAGCAUUAAAAAUACGCCUUACCUCAUCUGCAUCAAGAAUGAUAUUGCAUCUUCGAAUGGCUUCAAGCGAAGUUCAACAAUCAACCUCUUAGAUGGUCGAUCUAUGAAAAUAUUGGAUUCAUUUGCUGAUGGUGAGCAUUUAUACACGGAUAUAUGUCUUCUUCCUGAAGAUAAGUCUCUUGAGAUUGGCGCUCAGUAUUUUGUUGCUAUCCAAGAUGAUGGGCCCUGGAGCCAAAAGUUUCCAAUUUUUAAGGUGGAGGAUUUCAAGGUAAAGGCUGUCGCCAAUGUCAUGGCUGAAGGUGUCCCUCUUCGAAAUGUAUCGUUUACUAGCAUUGUCUUCAGUGACAAAUUAUACGCUAUAGGGAAUGAGCUCCUCUCCAUUGAGCUAGAGAAGGUUGAAAACGGGUACAGAUGGGUUCAUGAAGGGCAUGAUAGCGCCAAAACCAAGAGAAUGUUGCAAUAUGGUAUGCAAGUGUGUCCCACUCAACUGGGAGGUGUUGUUUAUCUAGACUCAUUUCAUGGUGCGUUCCUUCAAUUCCCCAACGAGAUGCCUAGACGUAUAGGAAGUCUGACAGAAAUGCUUUAUACUGCAAUAUGUGUGGUGCCUCCCAUCGGCGACGAACCCGAAUAUAUCGUUGCAGGCGACACAUACGGCAGAGUAUAUUUCAGACAAAACACGAUCAUGCUCCACUCUCAAAUCAAUGUUUUGAAAUACAUCGAAGAAGACGGGUCUCUUCUCAUUGGGACAUUGGAUGGAGGCAUCUACAGGUUGACGAGUCAGGCAACCCUGGAGACUUACAAAAUAAGAAAGCUUUAUGGAACGUGUACGAAAACGUUCAAUCUACCAUAUGAGCAGAACUCCGAUGUCUCUGAAGAUCGCGCCAUUUAUCCAUCGAUGUACAUUGAAGCAGCUCUAAAACGCCGAGACAUUGCUAAAGAUUUCAUUCAUCUCGCUGCGUUUAACAGUAGCAGCGACAAAGGCGUUAACAAAACCAAGGCUUCUCACCUCAAGAUGCCAAUGGAGAAAUUUAUCGAUGAAUUUUAA